CUUUCUUUGCUAUUUUGUAGACUCUUACCGAAUUAGAUUUGUCUUUCAAUAAAAUCACAAAUCAUGGUGCAGAUAAUUUAGCAUGCGGUUUACAACAGAAUAAAGUAAACUAUUUUCUCAUAUGGUUUCUCUUAUACUUCUCAGAAAAUUUCGAAGUCUUUUUCACUUUGAAAUAAGUAGAUAAAUCUUGCUUCACAUUAUUCGAUAAUCCUUAAGAUCAUAUUCAUAUAAUGGAAUCUUGAAUUUUUCACAUAGACACUUACUGUGUUGAAUCUUUCUGGAAAUCAAAUUGGAGAUGCAGGUAUUCAAAAGUUAGCAGAUAUUCUGCAAGUUAAUAAAACAUUGAUCAGUUUACAACUUAUACAGAAUCAAAUCAGCAAGCGAAUUCAACAAGAAUUGAAUUCAAAAGACUCCAGAAUUGCAAUAAAAUGA